GUGGACGAAGUCCUUAAAACCAUUAAGGGCAGCAGGGAAAAAUGGGGCGUUCUCAUCACAGUCGACGUCAAAAACGCUUUCAACUCGCUACCGUGGGAAAACAUAAUGGAGGAGCGCAAAAGCAGACAAAAAAGCAGCAUCGUUAGCAAGAAUUAUGCCGAACAUCGGCGGACCUACCAACAACAAGAGGGAGGUUAUAAAUAGCGUGGUGCUUUCCACAUUACUUUACG